AUCGCUUAACAAAUUGUUUGCCUUUUCGCACCAAAUCGCUAGUCAAAUUUUGAUAUUUACUACCAAAAAUAUGAUUACCGGUUGCUUUCCAGAGACGCACUGUUAAAAACAUUUCCGCAAAUGUAAGGGAUUUUGGGUGCCCACAGAUGUAUGUUAGUGUUGGGUGAAAUAAAAAACAUUGCUCCCAACCGAGCAAGAAAAAACAAUAAUCCACUUUAAUAUAAAGAUGUACAAUUAUUUGGAUCGUUGUCCCGGCAUUUAUUGUGGUAGAUCACUGCUAGACAAUGGCAGUUGGAGCAGCUGCGGUGUUUGUCCCAGAGGAUCACGGGUGAACGCCAGCUACGCGUGUACGCCCUGUCGGGACGAACUUACCACCUAUUCGUGGCUGUAUUUAGGCUUUAUGACCAUGCUGCCACUUAUGAUGCACUGUUUCUUUAUUGACUUGGAUGCCAAAGAUCGAAAGUUUUCGCGCAAGCAGUUAAUCCUCACAGCCAGCGCCUUCAUUGAGGUGGCACUUGCGGCAAUACUGUCAACACUCUUCAUGGAGCCAAUGUGGGAAAUGCGUUUGUACUCAUGCGAGGUGCGAAAACUUACCGACUGGUACACCUUGUUCUACAAUCCCAAUCCCAACUAUGAAACCACGUAUCAUUGCACCCAGGAAGCUGUCUAUCCGUUGCAAACAAUUGUUUUGGUGUAUUACUUUUUGUGUUUGCUCAAUAUGUUUCUUAUACGCCCCAUGAUCAGUUCGAUGAUGGAUGUGCGCGGCAAGGCGCCCAUUUACUCGGCACUCUAUUUUCUGCCAAUGCUGACAUUAAUUCAUGGCACCUGCUGUGGCCUUAUCUAUUAUUCGUUCCCUUAUCUAAGUAUCGCUAUGUCAAUGGUGGCCAACGCCAUCCACUACUCUUUAAAGCUAGAUCAAACGCAGAAGGCGUUGCUGCUGUCGUCUGUGUGGGAUGUCAAAAAUGUUGUCAUUAUUUCUGUUCACUGGCUGCUGCUUGCUUUUGGCAUCUGCUCCUUGAAUUACCAUUAUGCGUUGCUGUGCCUGGUGCCGUUUCCCUCUUUGUUCUACAUUUUGACUGUACACUUCACCGAUCCUGGCGAGUUUCGGGAAAUCGAGUCGCGCAUUUGAUCCGGAAACUUGCAAAUGCAAAUAUUUCAUGCGAGGGGCGCUAGGCGUUCCACAGUUGUUAUUUAUGUGUAGUUUUACGUGUUUAAAUUAUUUCUUAAUAUUAUAUAUGUACUCUUAAAAUAGCAUCCAACUCAUGUCGUCUUUUCGUUUUAAUUAUAUUUCACAUUAAUUAUACACAUAUAAUAAUAUUAAUUAUAAAUCAUCAGUUUCCCCUUUUCUAAA